UCAUCCCUCCCUCCCUGUCCGAAGCUGUCCUCCCGGCCAUCUGUCAUGUUAUGUUUAUGGGCCCUUUUGCUUUUGUGUCCUGAUGACCACUGUCACAGAGAGCUCCCCAUUACCGAUGCGGCCUGAUGAACGAUGUUACCCAGACGCGCUGCUGACACCCCCGUGUCCUUGGCCGCAGAGACACUGCCUCUGUAGCAAGCUGGGGCCGGUAAAGAAUGAGGACAGAAGGGGGCCUGAGGGAGCCGGACUGAGGACCUGUCCGUCAUCCUGCUGACGGGACGCUCAUAUUUCCUCCUCUGUUCUUUCCGCCAUUUUUCUUCUUCCUUAUCCAGCCAAUUGAAGGCAGCCUUGAUUGACCUUGAGAAUUGAUGCUGCCAAUCAGAUGGGAAGCAAAGCUUUCCCGCGGCAUCAUACUGCCACCACCAUGUCCCAUAUGCAAUCGGUGCUGGUCUGUGAGGAAACAUGUGCCUGAUUCCACCCAAACACACUGCUGCUGCUCUGAAUGGGAGACAUGAUGCUGAUGCUGCAGCUCCAGCGCCACGUAACGCCGCAUCUCCUUCUCCAUCAUCUCCUGAUGCCAGUCUGAGCCCCCCCACCGACUUUCUGUGUGUGCAGGUUGGUGACGUAGGGAGACAGGAGGACAGAGAGACGGAGAGAGGGAGAGAUGGAAUGAUAGACAAAUGCAGGGAGGGCGGAACUUGGAGUAACUGUUUUUUUUUUGUUGUUGUUUUUGUUGUUUUUUUUUCCCCUCAUCUCGUGAUGAUGAUGAUAGUGCUGAUGAUGAUCGCGGUCGCCGGAUUUGAGGUGUCGGGGUAAAGAAAAGAAGGAACCGGGAGCAGGAGUGGAGACUGCUCCCUCACAUCGGACCUUAUUUGUUUGGUGAAAUCACCUUUUUUUAAUAUAUAUAUAGUUUUGGCGUGCGUAAAAAGGCGCAGCAAAACUAUCUCUCUCCCCCUCCCCUUCAACCGGGACUAGAGAUUAUUAUAGGGGGAUUUAUUUUUUGCACACACCAAAAAAGGAGUGAACUGAAAACUUAUUUUUUUAUUAUUGUUAUUAUUUUAUUUUUUAUUUUUUGGUGCUUUAUUUUUGCUUCUUUUUAUUAACACUGUAAUUGUUUGAUUUUUUUUAAUUAUUAUUUUUAUUGCCGGCCAAGGAGAGAAAUGAAGGAAGAUGAUAUUUGAUGGACACGGAGGUUUCGGGAGCUGGCCGAACCCUCAGUUUCGCUGAAGCCGAACCCCAGCCAUCAUCCACAUCCAGCAGAGACACGAGAAGCCUGGUGCUUUUUUCUUUUUUUUUUUUUUUUUUUUUUUUUUUUUUGAGCCUCAGAAAAGGGAUGAUUCCUCCAAUCUAAUCAGACUUUGACGCCUCUUUUUUUUUUAAAAAAAAUACAUAAAUUAAAUAAAUACACCUGCAUGAGAAGCUCCGUGGAAGGUGACGGUCACUAUGCCGAGGAGAAAGCAGCAAGAGCCGCGGCGAUCAGCAGCAUACAUGCCCGAGGAUGAGCUUAAGGCAACCACUCAUGAUGAGGAAGAGCACCUGCAGGAUGAUGGCCUCUCUUUAGAUGGACAGGACACAGAGUUCCUGUGCAAUGAUGAAGAGGAGGAUGCCGAUGGAGGCCAGCCACCUAGCUACAGAGAUUCUCCACUUAGCAAUGGUACUAACCCGGAUGCUGGAUAUGGAUCUCCACUCAGUGAUGCUAGCGACAGACUUGCAGAUAUCAAGAGCACCUCUUCCAGGGAUGGUCAGGAGAGGGAAGGCUCUGCUCCGCCCUACCGUCCCAACAACGGCCUGUCUUUCCAGGACAGUCUGGCACAGAUGAAAGCCGUCUAUGCAAACCUCAUCUCAGAUGCCUCUUGGUCUAGCAUCACAAUGGACAUCAUGAAAUCGAAGCCUGCUGCAGCUGGCAGUGUCAACGCUGCCCACACGACUCCAGAGCCUGUCUCUGCUGUCUCUGUCUCGCCAACUACUACCACAAACAAAAGCAGUGUGGUGAACAUGGCCAACAGUCACCACAAUGGUAGAAGCUCCACCAACACUGCCAACCACACAGGCAACGCGAGUGCCAACACCAAUGGUACGACAACUAGCUCCGCAAGUAGCCACAGUGCAACGAGCAGUAGUGGAAGCAGUGCUGGUGGAGCCAGCAAUGGAAGUGGUGUAGCUUAUGACUGGCACCAGGCAGCACUUGCCAAAACACUUCAACAGACACCAUACCACCUUUUACCCGAGCCUAGCCUCUUCAGCACAGUGCAGCUCUACCGGCAGAACAACAAGCUCUAUGGCUCUGUUUUUACUGGUGCAAGCAAGUUUCGCUGCAAAGACUGCAGUGCCGCUUAUGACACGCUAGUGGGAUUGACAGUCCACAUGAAUGAGACGGGCCACUAUCGCGAUGACAACAAGGACAAAGAGGAGGACCAGGGCAAGCGCUGGUCCAAACCACGUAAGCGAUCUUUGAUGGAAAUGGAGGGGAAGGAGGAUGCUCAGAAAGUACUGAAGUGUAUGUACUGCGGCCACUCGUUUGAGUCCCUGCAAGAUCUCAGCGUACAUAUGAUCAAGACCAAGCAUUACCAGAAAGUGCCUCUCAAAGAACCCGUGCCAGCCCUGGCUACAAAGUUGGUGCCAACUUCAGCUAAAAAACGUGCUAUUCAAGAUGUUAUAGUCUCUCCAUGCUCCCCAGACUCCAUCCAUGCUGGUAGUGGUGGUGGUGGUUCUGUGUCUCUUGGGGAUAUGGGCAAAGACUCGAAAGCUACCGCUAACCCCUACGUGACCCCGAACAACCGCUAUGGCUACCAAAAUGGUGCCAGCUACACAUGGCAGUUUGAGGCUCGCAAAGCGCAGAUCCUUAAAUGCAUGGAGUGCGGGAGCUCGCAUGACACACUCCAACAGCUGACUGCCCACAUGAUGGUUACAGGUCACUUUUUGAAGGUUACAAACUCUGCAUCUAAGAAAGGCAAACAAUUGGUCUUUGAUCCAGUGGUAGAAGAAAAGAUUCAGUCAAUCCCACUACCACCAACCACCACCAGACUCCCUGUUCCCAGUACUGUAAAAUCCCAACCAGUAUCCCCUGCCCUCUCCUCUGGCUCCGAGGAUAAAAGGGAGGGAUUAGAGGAUGAAAAACUUGAAGGAUGUGAGCCUAUUGAGAAAAAAAUCAAGGAGGAGAAAGAUGACGCAAGUGAGAAAUCAGAAACCGAUACUACAUCUUAUAAAUACCUUAGAGAAGAAGAUCUGGAGGAAACGCCUAAAGAGGGUUUAGAUAUACUAAAGUCUCUUGAAAACACUGUAUCCAGUGCCAUCAGCAAGGCCCAGACAGGCACUCCCACAUGGGGUGGCUAUCCUAGCAUUCAUGCUGCCUACCAGCUGCAAGGUGCAAUUAAAAGUUCAGCUACUGUUCUUCCCCCAACCGUCCAGAGCGUUCAGAUGCAGCCAAUGUUUAAUAGUGGGCUACGAAGUCUUGUGAGUGACUCCAACUCCGUCAUCCACUCCCCUCGUAGCCCUUCCUCCCCGACUCUCCUCAGGAGCAACGUCACUGCCAUGGAGGAGCUUGUUGAGAAAGUGACAGGAAAAACUGCCACCGUGAAGAAAGAAAAGGAGGAAAAGCUGGUCAGUCUAGAGCGUUGUAGGCCACCGUCAUUAGUAAAAUCGCCCUCUCCUGCACUGAGAGAGCAGAGGGAGCAAUUACCGUCUCCAAACGACCUUUCUGUAGGUAAACCGUCCGGCCUGAGAAGUAUCAGCCCAGGUAGUGUAGACUCUGAGCUUAUUUGUAAGAAGGAGCCCAAAGAGAGUCUGUUGGAUGGCCACAGCAACACUUCAAAAAAUGGCUCAGAGGCAUCCCAGUCUCCUGUAACAAAUGGGAACAGUCUUGGCAUCAUCAUGGACCACUCACCUGAAAGUCCUUUCAUCAACCCUCUGAGUGCACUCCAGUCAAUCAUGAACACACAUCUGGGAAAGGCUUCAAAAGCUGUGAGUCCAGCCGCGGAUCCUUUGUCCAUGCUUUACAAAAUCAGCAACAGCAUGAUGGACAAACCAGCUUUUACCCCAACUCCUCAAAGCAAGGCGACUGAGCCCGUUAACCACUUUCAGCUGUAUGAAAGUAACGACCAGCCCAUAGAUCUGAGUAAAAAUAAGUCCACCACUAAUAGCAGUAACAAUACCAACAGCAGCAGUGUCUUGUUGACCAACAAUAGUGUAAAUGGCAACAAGCCCCUCAUCUCCCUCCCUGAAUCUGUAUCCUCUCCUCUGAGAGAGAAUGCUCUAAUGGACAUUUCAGAUAUGGUGAAGAACCUCACAGGACGACUGACGCCCAAAUCGUCAACUCCCUCCUCCAUCUCAGAGAAGUCUGACGCCGAUGGCAGUGCGUUCGAGGAUGCCCUGGAGGACCUCUCGCCAAUACAGAAGAGGAAAGGGAGGCAGUCCAAUUGGAAUCCUCAGCAUCUUCUCAUCUUGCAAGCACAGUUCGCCUCUAGCCUGAGGGAGACCCCAGAGGGCCGUUACGCAAUGACUGACCUGGGCCCUCAGGAAAGGGUCCACAUCUGUAAAUUCACAGGGCUCUCGAUGACCACCAUAUCUCACUGGCUGGCAAAUGUGAAGUAUCAGCUGAGACGGACUGGGGGCACCAAGUUUCUCAAGAACAUGGACUCUUGCCAGCCCGUGUUCCUCUGUGGUGACUGUGCCUCUCAGUUCAGGACUCCCUCCUCCUACAUCAGCCACCUGGAAUCUCACCUGGGCUUUAGCCUGAAGGACCUGUCCAAACUGUCAGCGGAGCACCUACGGGAGCAGCAGGCUGCCUCAAAGGUGAUCACAGACAAAAUGACAUUCGGCAGCCCACUGUCAGCCUUGACCACACUGGAGGACGACACGGGCUCUGUGUACCAGUGCAGACUUUGCAAUCGGACAUUCGUCAGCAAACACGCAGUCAAACUGCACCUCAGCAAGACCCAUGGCAAGUCUCCAGAGGACCACCUGGUGUUUGUCUCUGCUCUGGAGAAACUGGAGAAGCUCGACAAAAUGGAAAAAGUUUAAUCAAGCAAAUCUGUGAGCUGCUGAGGGAAAAGACUGACAGCUGUGGAACUGACUAGAAUUUCAUUGCACUAAAAUGACAUUGUUCACAGUUACUGCACUGGGCCGAACUGAGCCGCCAGAAGAAAGGAAAAAAAAAAAAAAAACGCCAAAAAAAAAAAAAUCAGUCUUACUAUUUUUAGUUGACGACUGCCUGACUGGACCAUUUCUUUCAAUGUUGUUUGAUUUGUUUUGUUUUGUUUUGCCAAGCUUUUUUACACUUAUUUUGUAAAAUAUUUAUAUGCUAUUUGUCUGACCUGUGCAUGUAUUUUAGUGAAACAAGGUUAAACAUGAGAUUUGAAUCUGUUCAUGGCAAAAAUACAACUACUGCUUCGAUGGCGAAAGUGGCCUAAAUUGGUGGAAGUCAGGACUGUGUAAUACUUGAUAUCAAGAAGAGGAACAUUAAAUGUGUUACGCCAAAAGAAUGAAAGGAGGAUAUACCCUGAAAGACUGAAGUACAGUAGCACCUUAGACAGUUCAAUUUGUGAAGAGGACGUGUUUUCAAAUAUCUCGCAUUUCUUAAAAUCUGAUUUGGAAAGAUCCGAGGAUUAUCAUUCCCACCUUCCCAACUCCUCUCCUUCUUCUUCUUAUUAUUAUUAUUUGUUUUCUCCACUUUUUUUUUUAUAUUGAAUAGCCUGCUCAUAAAUUUGUUGGUGUAUUUAAAGAAAAAAAAAAAAAAAGAAGAUCAUUUGGAAAAUUAAAAUGCUGCUUCUUGAUUACAAGUCAAUCGGUGAAAGUGAAACAGCCAUCGGUAUGCAAAGUUUAGAAACUUUCCUUGCUGUGAAGCAUCACUUUCUAACAAUUUUCCAGUUGUAUGGUUUGUUACGAGUUUCUCUUUCUAAAUUGUGUCGCUUUCUUCAGCUGUAAAGAGAACAGUCCGUUACAUGUAAAUGACCACCAGUGAAAUGUCAGUGCUCCAUGAGACAUAUCUUAUACCAUUUAAAAAGGCUCCACAUUCUUUGUAUCUUAAGGUGUGUGCAUUCUCUAACUUUUAUAUUGUCAUUUUAUAUAGAAAAAUGAUUAAAAAAAAUAGCAUAAAAACAGAUGGUGUACACAAAUAUAUGCUGUAGAGCUACAAAAUGUCAUUUUUUAAAGAAAAAUACAAAUUAAGCUACUUUGGCUCGGUUUACAGAAAUGAUUUUAAUUAUACUUGCAUCCAAUUUGAUGCAUGAAAUGGUGUGGAAAAAUAAAUAAGCGAUGCACAAUGACUAUACAUUUCAAUGUUUUAUUGACAAUAUUGUAAAAAAGAAAAAGGAAAAAAAAAAAGAAGAAACAAAACAAACUUUUUAGCACUGGUUAGUUUGUUUCCUUUUCUUUCUCAAUUGUAAAAUAAACCCCAAAGCAGUUGUUAACAGUCA